AUGACCGAAGUCAAAGUCGGCCAAGCUCUCUUCUCCCAAUCUGCCGGUAAAACAGUCUUGAUAACCGGUGCUGCGCGCGGGAUCGGAGCUGCAACCGCGGUCCUAUUCAACUCCCACGGUGCCAAUGUCGUUCUCGCCGACCUCCCCCAAUUGCGAAACAGCGCCGAGGAAGUCAUCCAGAAACAGAUGAAAUUCCCAAACAGCUCGAUAUUUGUAUCUACCAACAUUGUCAACUGGGCAGAGCUAACAGCAUGCUUCGAAGAGGCGAUCACCGCCUUCGGCAAAGUCGAUAUCGUUAUAGCCAACGCGGGCAUUAUGGAGUCCGAGUCCGCCCUAGACAUGAACAACGUGGAUGCGAACGGACGUCUUCUCGAGAGUCAGGAGGCGGGGAGAGUUAUUGAUGUUAAUUUAAAAGGAACAUUGAACAUUGCAUCCACAUCGAGUUAUUUCGGCGGCACAGGUGUAGCCGCCUAUAUCGCGUCGAAGCACGGCGUGCUAGGUCUCCUACGGGCGUGUCAGGAUGUUGCGCGCUCACACGGUGUCCGGGUUAAUGCUGUCGCACCGUUUCUGACACCGACUCAUAUCACGGCGGGCUUUGCGCACAAGUGGGAUGAGGCUGGUCUUGAGAAAAAUACUCCUGAUCGAGUUGCGGAGGCUAUUGCGGUUGUGGCAUUAGAUGAAGAGCGGGAGGGGAAUUGUGUUUUAGUUGCUGGUAAGUAUCUUCGCGAGCUUGAGGAGCCUAGGGCAAGGCUCUUGCCUUCGUGGUUAGGGGCGGAUCUCACGGAGUUUAUGGGUCAGGCUAUGCAGUUCUUUGUUAGUAUUGGCGGAUAUGUUUUGCCUAAGAAGUAUUAG